GGACAAGAACUAGGACGCAAGCGGAUUUUAUCUCACUAGUUUAAUUUCUUCCUAAUCGCCAAGUUCAUCAUCGUCGGCGGGAAGCGAAAUUCUGACGGAAGUAACAAUGAGAUCUUCGUCCGGUGCGCACUCCGAUUUCUUCUUCUCCUCUCUCAGACAGGCUGAGAAAAGACUGAAGCUUGAAGCAAGCAGUAGUGAGCAGGAACAAAAGCGAGAACGAGGCUCUAACGACCCAACUCAAUCUCUAAGCACGCCAAUUUAUAUCCACCAAGCCCAACCACACCCCGCCGCCGCCAACAGCUCAGCGGAUCUUCAAGAAAGCAGCGAGGCACCAUCGGCUUUUCUUCCAUCUCCGUCACAUUCGUCGCCGCCCCGUGAAAACCACACACGAGAAGGCUCGAGCGUCGGCGGCGUUUCAUCAGGCGGUGCGGAUGAUAUCGAGGUGAUGAUGCAGGUGUUGGGUUUGUCAGAGUCGGAUGUCGGAACAAGAAGCGCUUUGCGGGCAAUUGACGAUGAGGAGAAAAGGAUUCGUCGGGAUGGAUUUUACAAGAAGAAUUUGGGGGUUAAGAGUGAAGAAGAAGUUAGGAGACUUGAUGGAUGGAUCGAUUGGUAUAUGGGGGAUGGAGCGGCGGACGGGCACAAGGAGCCCUUCAGGUUGGCUCUUUUGCUUCUGGGUAAGGCUGCUUUGAACUCAGAGAAUGGCUUGGAGUUUCCUUCAGCCAUUGAUGAAUAUUUGAAGGUUGAUCCACCUCAAAAGGACUAGAGAUGUUCUUAGAAUGCAACAUUGAAGUUGAAAGUGACUACU